CUGGCAACUUGCUUUUAACUUUCCUCCUGCAUAUUUAGGGAACGUCCGCUAUUCGGCCGUUUCUGAUGCAGAACCAGAGUGUUCCGACGUCUGAUCAGCACAAGUCUGCCGAAACUUAUCGGCCACAGUCAAAUCCCAUAGAAACUGUUUGUCGUUCUGACUAGUGCAAAAAAAGGAGUCUAUAUCGUUUCAGAGUUAGUUAGCACGUUAGUUCUACUUUUGCAAGUGUUGCUGAGACUUUUAGUAGGUUUAAGUGUAAGCCUAUCUGUGCAUCAGUCACUGCCGGAAUUAAACUGAUGUCGGAUGCCGGCAAAUCUAUCCGACAUUAUAUAUAUACCGUAUACAUAUAAAACACCUGAACGCCAAACCCAGUUGAUUUUGGAAUAUACUGUAGCUAACCCACGUCAGUCCCGGUUAGAACUUGGAUGGAUGGCCGCCCUUAGGAUUACCAAGGGUUCUGCGUUGUAGAUCAUUAGAUCAUCUUUUGCCUUUUCUGGAUGCAUUUUCUUCUGUUUAUGUGUGGACCAGUCAAUGCUCUCAGCCGGAUGCGCACUCUAGCUCAUAAUUUUUUUGCGGAAGUGGUUGGUUCAAAACUCUGAAAUCAUGCCAGUUACUGUCAACCGAUACAUUAGUCAUUGCCCAAGGUCUUCUUGUCCUUAGUUACCGGUUGCAACGAAAACAUGCUGUACGCGGAUGUUUAACGUGACUGAAUGGUGCGGCACAACAUCCAUCACCGGACUGAUCCGCCGUAAAACACUCCACAGCAUCUGUACGUACAGUAAAAACGAAAACGGUUUUCACCGCUGGAUCGGUCAACUGCAAACUGUACACAUCGCUGAGGCAUAAACAACGGAUCACCCCAUGCCAGCAGCUAACCUUUCUUCCGCUCUCCAAAAAUGAAGGACCAGACGACUACUAGUCGAAGCCUGUGGUUUGUGGCAGUAAUAAUGUUGAUCAUUCCGGCGGUUGCUUCUGAUGCCCCUUUAUGAACGGGAUGCCACCAGGUUUUGUUCUGUACAAAUCAGCUUCCACCUGGGGCCACUGCAAUAAUCUGGUGAUGAGUGCUUGCAGCGCCCAAUGGGAUUAUUGUUCGUGUAACCGGCCGGUUUUCAACGUCACCACAAUACCGUCCAACGUCACUGAACUGUGGCUGGGCGACAUCGACCAUCGAGGCCGGUGGGACCGCGCCAAAUGCCCGCCGAGUUGUCUGCUGGACACCUCCGCACCAUUACCGUAUCGCCGGAAUCUGACCGCGAUCGCGUUGUACGAUUUUGGGUGGCCCCGCUGAUGGCCCGUUUCCGGUGGGCCGCUUCCUCAAGAACUUCAAAACCACCGUGACGAAACUGACUCUCCAUACGAUCCACCUGCCGUCUAUAACACGGGAUACGUUUGCGGGAUUCGCUGCGCUGGAGACACUGCGGUUGGCUAACAACCGGAUAGUAACGAUUACUGUGGACGCUUUUGCGUCGCUUCGUGCUCCGGACAAAAUACCAGGCAUUUUAUCCACCCCACGACUCCACUUCAUCAUGUUGGAGGAUAAUAACCUGACAGCAGUGGACUGGACGAUAUUCGAACCGCUGGCUGCUAGCCUUAAAACAAUUGCACUAAGCGGAAACAACAUUGAGAGCAUCUAUUUUAGCCAUUUCUUCACGCUCCCUGGAAUCGAGUAUGUGAGCUUGCCGGGAAACAGCCUGACCGGCAUCACUGACCAGCUCUUGCGCAGUGUUGCUCCGUACGAUCUCCGUCCGUUUUUGAAUAUUCAAUUCAAUCCGAUGUGCCCAGUCGAUGUACAGUGCCGCUGCUCAUCUAUGGAUAAUCUGUGGGACUGGUAUGGAAAGUCGCCCCGUCUGUACAGGCGGUUACUCCCGCCUGGAUCCACGGAUUGCCUCAACUACCCACAAGCAGACUACUUCACUUGCGGAAACUACAGUGUUCUUGAAUAUGAACCUGCCUCAUCCAGAUUUCAGAAUGUGCUAGAGGCGACCAGCGGCAAAUCUUAUCAACGAUGCGAGGCUAUGGAUUUCGCUAAUAUCGCACGCGGAGCCAAAUCUAAAGCCCGAAAUCCUUUCGGUCAGCUGUUUCCGCCAACGCUUGGAGAUUAUUUCUUGAAAAUGGCCGCGGCUUUAGAAAAAACGUCAUGAGCUUAAAUCAAAUCAAAUUAUGAACUCGCUAGGCACACACUGCCUGUACUUGCGUACGUACGUAUGUCUUGUCUGUUCUAUACUGUAGUACAUGUACUACCAGUACCCACCGCUCUUAUCGUCUCCUUCAUCCAGCUCUUCUUAAGAAACAGUUGUAUCAUUG